AUGACGGUUACUACACCUCGGUAUAAGAGAAUUGGGAUAGUUGGAGGUGGACCAGCAGGGGUGGCUGCGUAUAAAGCCAUUUUAUCAGAACCAGCCCGAUUUGAGUUGGUUGAUUUAUAUGAAAGAAGGGACCAAUUGGGUGGAUUAUGGUACUACAGUGGAGAUAAAUCGUCCAGACGGCCUCAAGUUCCUUCUACCAAUCCCGAAGCAUUUGAUCUAAUCAAUGGUUCCAAAGGCGAGUUUUUCUCUCCCAUGUAUAAGUACUUGGAAACCAAUCUUAUUAGCAGCAUGAUGGAGUACCGUGAUGUGCACUUCCCGGAGUCUACUGCAACUUUCCCACCAAGACAAGAGGUACUUCGAUACAUUCAGCAAUACGCCGAAACGGUUCCCGGGUCACCUAAUGCCACUAUACAUUACAAUUCCAACGUCACCGAGGCGAAAAAGGAAAAUGACGUUUGGCAGUUGACAAUACAAAGCAAUGGUGAGACCCAAACUAAAUCUUACGAUGCUAUGAUAGUGGCCAAUGGCCAUUUUGAUAUUCCUUUCAUACCUGACGUUGAAGGAUUGAAAGAAUGGAGUAUGAAGAAUACGGAUUCGGUAACACAUGCCAAAUACUUCGACAGUUCAGCCGAAUACCGCAAUAAGACCGUUUUGGUUAUUGGUGACUAUGCUAGUGGUACCGAUAUUGCCACUCAAAUCAGUGUCACUGCUGAAAAAGUCUAUGUUAGUGUGAAGGAUUUGCAAUCGGAAUCGGACAUUGAUAGAGUUGCAACCAGAAUCGGGUUAAUUACAAAAUAUGACUAUAAUGAUGAUCGAUCAGUACAUACUAUUGACAAUGAAAGAAUCAAUGAUAUCGAUGUCAUCAUUUUUUGCACCGGUUACUUAUAUAGUAUCCCAUUUUUACAUAAAUACUUACCAAAUUUAAUAACUGAUGGUAACCAGGUUAACGAUCUAUAUAAACAAAUGUUCUAUUUCCCAGACCCUUCUCUAUCGCUUGUUGCCUUGCCCAAAUUUGUUAUCCCAAUGCCCAUUGCUGAGGCCCAGAGUUCAAUUAUUGCCCGUUAUUAUAGCGGAAGACUCGAAUUACCGUCGACUGCCGAAAUGCAAGCUGCCUAUGAACAAGAACUAGCAGAAAAGGGGGCCGGUAAGACUUUCCACAAUCUACAAUUCCCGGCAGAUGUCGAAUACGCUAAUCAAUUACUUGCUUGGAUCGUGGAUACUGGCUUGGAUAGCCGGGGUCUUCUCCCUCCACUAUGGGAUGAAGAAAGAGUGGCCAAUCGUAAAAAUACUAAAGCACUCAAGAGCAAAAGACUCGACAAGAUCAUCGAUUAUACUAAACAAUUAAGAACGGAGGGUAAGGAGUUCGAGCUUGCCCCAAAUUAG